CUCGCCUUCGCCUCCUCUUUCUCUCCCUGUUCCUCUCUUGCUUCUACAGUGGCUCUUCUGCGUCAAUUCUCCGCCGCCAUGCGGGAGCUACGGUGCAGCUCCGUCGAUUGGAAGCCCUCCCCUGUGGUUGCCCUUACCACCUUCUCCGACGGCUGCGACGUCGCUGACGGCUCUAAGGUAGCGGCGGCUCGCGAGGACGGUUCCCUUGAGGUUUGGCUCGUCGCUCCCGGCACCGUCGGAUGGCACUGUCAACUCACCAUCCAUGGUGACCCUAAUUCGAGAAUCUCGUCCCUCGCGUGGUGCCGUACUGGUUCUUCCGGCCGUUUGAUCUCUUCGAGCCUAGAUGGAACGAUUUCAGAGUGGGAUCUUUUCGAUUUGAAGCAGAUUGUGCUAGAGUCAACUGGAGUCUCAAUCUGGCAAAUGGCUGUGGCUCCCACUAAUGAUCUCUCCAUUGAUGUAGAAGAUACAAAAGCUCAGCGGAUUGAGAAUGGAUACUUGAGUGAAAAAACGGAUGACGAUGAUGAUGAAGGAAGUGAGAGUGGAGAUGAUUAUGACUUGCGUGAGGUUAAUGAGGAAUCAGAGGCUGAGUAUAGACGAAUUGCAGCUGCCUGUGAUGACGGUUGCGUGAGAAUAUAUCAUGUCUCUGGCUUAAACAAGUUAACAUAUUACAGAUCAUUGCCUAGGGUCAGUGGGCGAGCUCUAAGUGUGACGUGGAAUCCAGAUGCACAGAGGAUCUUUUCGGGUAGUAGUGAUGGGAUGAUAAGAUGCUGGGAUGCCAACCUCUGUCACGAGGUAUAUAGAAUAACAGUUGGCCAUGGAGGACUAGGAAGUGGGUCUGAGCUCUGUGUUUGGUCGCUUCUUUCAUUGAGGUGUGGAGUUAUUGUCAGUGGAGAUAGCACAGGAAGUGUUCAAUUUUGGGACAGCCAGCAUGGAACCCUUUUGCAAGCACAUUCUAACCACAAAGGUGAUGUUAAUGCUCUUGCAGCCGGUCCUAGUCAUAACAGAGUGUUUUCUGCGGGCGCCGAUGGAAAGGUUAUUCUUUAUAAUUUCUCUGGCAAUACAGAUGGUUCAAAAGAUUUGGAGUCUUCUUCUGCUGUCUAUCAGAAGUGGGAUUAUAUUGGUUAUGUCAGACCUCAUACCCACGACAUCAGGGCUUUAACAGUUGCUGAGCCAAUUAGUCAGAAAGACUCCAUUCAAGAUGAAAUAUUUUUAGAUAGAAAUGCCAAAAGAGCAUGUCGUAGAAAGCACGGGAAGGAAAAGCCGGAUGGCUCAGCCUACUAUAAAUGGGCUCAUUCAGGGGUUCCCAUGCUCAUUUCUGCUGGUGAUGACUCAAAGCUUUUUGCGUACUCAGUUCAGGAGUUUACUAAGUUCUCUCCACAUGAUAUUUGCCCUGCACCUCAGAGAGUACCCAUUCAGAUGGUACAUAGUACGGUCUUCAAACAGACUUCUCUUCUUUUGGUUCAAGGUGUAUGUUCUUUAGAUGUACUGCGUAUUCACAUAAGCAGUGAUUCUACCUCUACAAAGCCAUUGGUUCAAGUAAAGAGUAAAAAUUCCCGGAUCAUCUGCAGUGCCAUAUCUAACUCUGGAUCACUUUUUGCUUAUUCUGAUCAAACUAGCCCCAAUCUGUUUGAACUGAAGAGAACUGAACUGGCAAAAAAUCCAUGGAGUGUUAGUAGAAGGCGACUUCCUAAACUUCCAUUUGCUCAUUCCAUGGUAUUCAGCUCUGAUGGCUCGCAGUUGAUAACAGCUGGACAUGAUAAAAGGAUAUAUAUUAUUGAUGUCGGUAGCAUGGAAGUGGUUCAUACUUGUAUGCCAUGCCGCAAGGAGCAUGAAGGUGAUUCUCAGCCUAGUGAACCUCCAAUAACGAAAAUGUAUACCAGUUCAGAUGGUCAGUGGUUAGCUGCCAUCAACUGCUUUGGGGAUAUCUACAUAUUCAACCUUGAGACGCAGAGGCAGCAUUGGUUCAUAUCAAGAUUUGACAAAGCAUCGGUUGCUACUGCUGGUUUUCAUCCUCAAAAUAGUAACGUGCUUGUGAUAUCGACCUCUUCAAACCAGUUAUUUGUAUUAGAUGUGGAGGCUAGACAGGUAGGACAAUGGUCAUCGCUACAUAAAGAUGUUUUGCCAGAGAGGUACAGAGAAUUUCCCGGUGAGGUCAUCGGGCUCUCGUUCUCCCCAUCACAAAGUUCAUCAUCCGUAAUCAUUUACAGCUCCAGGGCAACAUGUUCUAUUGACUUUGAUAUGCCUGUGGAACAAGAAGACGAGACUAGCUUACCGAAUGGUGAUCUGUCCAAAAGGCUAGAAGGUAAGCUCGUCAAUGGUGGCCUGAGUUUCAGUAACGGAACCCGAAAGCGUCCAUUGGAGGAAGAUCAGUUAAGCUCUAGGGCCAGCAAGAGAAGAAAGAACUUUGAUAUCAAACCCUCCAACCAUCCGGUUCUAUUCGUUGGGCACCUGUCUAAAAAUUCCAUCUUGGUAAUAGAGAAACCAUGGAUGAAAGUUGUCAAGAGUUUGGAUACAAGACCAGUUCACAGACAUAUUUUCGGGACAUAAAGGAAACAAAACGGAGGGUUUUGUCUCAAGAAAGGUACCUUUUUUUUUUCUGUGGUCUGAAGAGGGUUAGUGGUAUCAUUAGUGGAAACGCCAUAGCAGUUGCAGAGAAGCAUGACAAAAGCAAAACAUGUUGCUUUCUUUUUGGGUGUCUCAUAUAGAUUUCUCUCGUGGGGUUAUAAAUCGCUCAGAAUUUUGAUGGGAGGGUGAAAAUUUCAGUGGGGGAUAUAUAAUAUAAUAUAUAUAUAAACCCAUGUUGUGUAAUGUAAUGCCACAGGACAAGAAUGGAUUUUGUUAAAAACCCAAUUCUUUUUAACCUUUAUAUUUGUUGUUUC